AUGUCUCAAUCCUGUUCGAUACAAAAAUAUAUUCGCGCACCACGUGGUUGCUGUCAGAAAAGUCUGUGUUUGCAACAUUCAAGUGAACAUAAUGCGUUACUCGUUGGUCAAUUGAAUUCUUUCACUGAUGAAAUUAAUGCACUUGAUGAUCGUCUCAGAACACUGAAUACUCAGAACACUACUAGCAACUACCAUCAAAAACGUCAACAAUGGCGUGACGAUUGUCAUAAGGAGAUCGAUUGUUUGCUGGAAAAGAAAUGUCAAGAUCUUGAUCAAGUUAUUAACGAAAACGUGGAACAACACCGGAAAGAACUAAAUAGAAUACACUUGAAAAUAACUGAUCUCACCAAUGCACAAGAAGCUACUCGUCAAGAUAUCGAUUCAUUGAAUGCAACUAUUCAUCCUCUGAAAAGUGAAAUGAACAAAAUUGAAUAA